UCAUCUAAGCUAAAAUGCGCCUUGUCCAAAAAAUCUAAAAUUAUCGGCAGCCAACGAGUGCCAAGCCAAUAUUCACCACCGAUCACAUUGGCCCGCUACUAAAGCUAACGGCGACCGAUUUUUAUUCUAUUUUUUGAACUGAAAAUCAAAAUAACAGAGGUAGAGAGAGAUGGGAAGUACGAGCAUCGCUCUCUUCCCUCACUUACGGUUCCAUGGUUGCUUCUGUAAGCGCUUCCUUUCUAUUAGAAACCAGCAGCAGCAGCAACAACAACAACAACAACUGGCUUCUUCGUCAUCCAGGAGACGGAGGUUGAGAUUCGGUAGUUUGCGGAGCACUACACGUUUCAGUAGAGUCGCUUGUUUCGCUGCUGUUGACGAUGAUAUCGGCGAGAAGCAGCCGGAGUCACCUUCUACCAGCUCUACUACUAGUGGAGGUGUUGGCUCGGCUCUUGAGGAUAGGCCUGAUAUGCCUGACAGCUCACUAGAAAACUUUGCUCAAAAUACUGAAGGAAGUGCACUUUAUGAUUUCUUGUAUCCCAGUAAAGAGCUCCUUCCCGAUGAUAAAGAAAUGAGUAUAUUUGAUCAUCUUGAAGAACUACGUCAGAGAAUAUUUGUGUCAGUUUUGGCUGUUGGAGCUGCUAUCUUGGGAUGCUUUGCAUUUUCAAAAGAACUUAUUAUGGUUCUUGAAGCUCCUGUUAAAGCACAGGGUGUACGCUUUCUGCAACUAGCUCCAGGAGAGUUUUUCUUUACAACAUUGAAGGUAUCAGGAUACUGUGGCCUUCUUUUGGGAAGCCCAGUUAUCCUUUAUGAGAUUAUAGCCUUCGUUCUUCCAGGUUUAACAAGAUCAGAAAGAAGGUUCUUGGGGCCAAUUGUUUUAGGCUCCUCAGUACUCUUUUAUGCUGGAAUUGUCUUCUCCUAUUUGGUUCUGACUCCAGCAGCGUUAAAUUUUUUUGUUAGCUAUGCAGAAGGAGCUGUGGAAUCUUUAUGGUCUAUUGACCAAUACUUUGAGUUUGUGCUUGUGCUCAUGUUCAGCACAGGUCUGUCUUUUCAGGUUCCUGUUAUACAAGUUCUACUUGGACAAGUGGGUCUAGUGUCAGGGGACCAAAUGCUGUCAAUUUGGAGAUAUGUGGUUGUCGGGGCAGUUGUUGCAGCUGCUGUACUCACUCCAUCAACUGAUCCUCUUACUCAGGUGCUUUUAGCGGCACCUCUUCUGGGUCUUUAUUUGGGUGGUGCGUGGAUGGUCAAGCUCACUGGCCGAUGACUUGUUUUCACAUAGAGGAUUUGUUCUCAGUGAUUAGUGCAUGUAAAAAGGGCCUGACUGGCCUUUGUAUAUUUGGCCAAAGGAUGUAAAUCUGUAAUAUAUUGCUAAAUUUAAGUUAUCCAUGUAAAAUUCGACAAAGAAACAAGGCUAUCCAUAUAAAAAACAAUAAGUGUGAUGCUUCUUGAAAUCAA